GCGUUUCAGCUGAUAUAAAAUGGUUUAAUUUUCUUUUUUACAGUAAUACCAUCGACCGUGUUGUGGAGGACCUCAUUCAGGAUGCUAUGUCCAAGGGAGAAUUCCAUAAUCUCUCAGGAGCUGGCAAACCUAUUGUCUACCAAAAUGCAAGUACGACCCUUGACCCCCACACUCAUAGACUGAACCAAGUUCUAAUCAACAAUGGCUACUCACCUGAGUGGAUUACAAUGAUGAAAGAGAUAAGGGAACACGUUGCUCUUUUACGUCACAACAUCGCCAUGCAUUAUGCGCAAGGGCUGAACAACCUCAGCACCCAUGCAGUUGAGAAGUUCCAAACUGGCAUCAGGGACAUAAACCUCAAGAUAGAUAGAUACAACAUGAUAGUGCCAAUCCUCCGCAAACAAAUGGUCCAUUACGAUUGUGGGAAAGAGCUGAGCACCAUACGGGCCAAACCCCACCAUUACAUAAAACCAGAAUUAGACCAAAUUUCGGCAAAGGUGCUCGACGAGAAAGAUGCUCUACAUAGUGAUCCUAUUAACUGGUCACAAGUAUGGAAGGACAUUAAGGCAGUAUUUAAGUAAUUACAUAUCAACUAGGGAACCAAUUAAAUAAACUCGUUAUUUUUUGCUUGUU